AUGGCCGAGGCCACCCAGCUCGCCAUUGAGCACCGCCCGUCUCCGCAUCUGCACGAGCGCACGUCAACGCAUCGGUCAAGAUCUGAAGCAACUCUGCUUGGCCUGCCUACAGAGAUCCGCCUCUACAUAUUCGCUUACCUCUUGCCUGACAAAGGCGACCAUUGGGAUCGAUGCGCCUGCCAUAACUCUGAGAAGGAUGACUGCGAGCUAAGUGUACCACAACAACGCGAAGAGCCCUGUGGAUACCUGGCCGUCAUGCUGUCCUGUCGCACCGUCUUCAAUGAAGCAGUCGAUAUGCUUUACAAGCCAUUCGUCGGCUCGGGAGGCACAGGCGGAGCAGUGCCACAUCUCUUUGUUGACGCGGACACCAUCCUCAUGACGGGGUACCCUCAGAUGUUCUGCCGUACCCACCUUACAUAUCGAGAUGGCACGGCUGGUGUCUUCCAGAGGAUCAGAAAGCUUCACAUCGUUAUCGAGUCGAAGUUGAGCGACUUAUCAUAUGCCUGUGACUGCUGUGAAUGGCGGUACUUCGACCCCAAGAUGUCUUUACGCCCGUUUGGUCUUGACGACAAGAGCCAGGCCUUGGAUAAUGUCCGUUGGCUGGCAGAGCAGCUGAGUGGGUCUGAUGGCUUCGACCAACUCGCCAUCACGAUGCGCUGGGAUCGGGACGACGAAGUUGAUGAAGAUGACCUGCCAGAACUCCUGGAUUCCCGGUUGAUGAUGAAGCCGUUCAAGGCCCUUCGAAACGUCAAAGAGUUGAAGAUUGGAGGCCUUGGCACAUUCAUCGAAGAGCUCGUGGAACGCGCAGAGAUAGAAGACGACACGAUCGACGCAUGGAAAGAAAUUCUUGAGUACAAGAACGAGAUGAGGGUUAUUCUGGGAAGCAACGCUCCGGUGAACGAGAAUCCCAUACCGCUCUCGACAUGGUUGAGCUUCAAGCAGAUUGCCAAAAGGCUCAUGGAAUUUGCGCCACAAGUGGGCGCGCAGAAGUUUGUCGAACGGGCUAGCAAGGCGAUGAAUAGCCAAGAUAAAAAGGUGUUCCAGAGAGCCUUGAACGAGCUUUUCAGCGCGUGGAAGGAUGAACAAAAGCAGAGAAAAAGGAUUGCCACUCAAUUCAGCGAACUUCGCCAAGCAACUUUCUUGGACAUUCCAGCUGGCAAACGCAAGGAGGAUGAUCCUGACGGGAUACUCGAGUCCUCACCAUUCUCAUGGGCCAAUCGCUGCAUCGACAAGGAAGACCGUGCGUACAUCAACUUCCUUCAGAGUAUCAACAAAUAA